AUGGGGGAAUUCGAGUCUAAUAAUACAAACUGGGCAGCCGAACAAGAAAACUCGAAAAACCUCGUCUUUCUUCUCUCUGCAGUCUGUGAUUACACUGGAUAUAUUUGAUGACUGGUUUACUGUUUACAAAGCAGCGCUCAGUUUUGUUGCGAGCCAGUCCAGUGGGUUGAAAUGUGCAGGAAUUAAAAAAAAUGAAUGAAUGACACACUUGUUUGCUUGUUUGUCUGGACGGCUGUCCUUGCUGUGUGCCAUGAAUUUCCUCUAAAGAUUUUUGCGCUAACUUUCCCUCUUUCUUAUUCGGAGGAACUCCGAGCAUAUCUUAACAGCGAUUUACAGGACCCCGAAAAAAAGUCGUCUGGGACUCGACCAUGCCUGCAGCGACGGGACGCACAGAUCCACAGCCAACAGAGCCUCUGAACAUGAAUCAUUACGCCACUAAGAAGAGUGUGGCGGAGAGUAUGCUGGACGUGGCUCUGCUGAUGGCCAAUGCGUCUCAGCUGAAGGCCGUACUGGAGCAGGGCCCAGAAUUCAGAUAUUACCUUACCGUCAUCAUCCUCAUCGGCGCUUCACUCUUCUUCCAGGUGCUCGCCGGCGCCCUCUUCGUCAACAUGGCUCGCAAAAACCUGAACAACGUGGCGAAUCAGAGGAAGCUGGACAUCAUGAAUAAUGUGGCCACGGGUUUGGUGUUUCUCACCGUCAUCAUCAACAUCUUCAUCACUGCGUUCGGCGUGCAGAAGACAGAGUCUCAGUAAUGGACAUGAAAUAAAGACACAUUCUUCAGUCCAGCCAAUCGUCAAAGACUUCCUUCUGCUUUUGAUAUUUGUUAAGCUAUAUAGAAAACAUAUUUAUUUCACAGAGGGCAUUACAUUAGAGUCUCAAUAUCAUAUUAAAAGCCAUUCAUGUAUCAUAGACGUCCAGAGGAAAAACUGCAAUCACAUAACAUUAAUGCAUUAUUUAAGUGUGAUAUAUUCAUGCUGACUGUAACCAAACAAUAAAUGUUUAUCAUAAAAGACUCCACUGUC